UCCAAGCUGACUGUUCUCGACUCGACCACAACAGCAAGUUAAGACGAUAUUCUGGGAGUGGCAACAGCGUCUCACAGAGGACCUGAAGGAGGACAGUGUGCUUCUCCCCAGGCCGCUCGCUUGCAACCGAGCCCCCAUGUGAUGGCAGUAUGCCAGUCAUGAACAGGUCAGGUUUAUUAAGCAAGGCAGGUUUGAGGAAGCUCCUGCAGUCAGAUGAAGUAUGGAGUUUAGCAAGAAAAAGGAACCAAGUGGAACUGGUCCCAGCCGAGCAGGACAUCCAACAAAUCACAGAAUCGAGCAAUUCUCCAUCCAGUCCAUCUCACAGGUACUGCUGGCAGAGCCAGGCUCCCCUACGCCUCAUAAACCCUGAAAGAAAAGCCAAGAGUGAAGGAGCCGGCACUGCAUGUCAUCAUGACCCUGUGAAGACUUUGAGAACAGUACCUGACGUUAGUGAGCAUGAUAAGAAGGACGUUCACACGCCCAAAAGUAUUGAGUCCUGCAGAGGCGAGAGAUUCCAACACCCAGCUGAAGGGCCACUGAUGCCUGUUUUGAAUAUACCGUGGUCCAAACUCGACCCUGAGUCUCAUCCAUGUUCAGACAGGAUACCAUGUUCUGACACACCAGAUGACCUCCAGUUGCACUCCAAGGAGAUUUGUAUCCAACCCAAAGACCAAGGGAACGUAAAGAAGACAUCAGUAGUCCACAGCAGUUCCACACCUGAAACUAAAGCUCUUAAUGUAAAGAACAAUCAGAGAUCGAAUACUGUGCUGUUAAUAAACAACAACCAUGAUGUCUGUGAUAAGAAAUCUUCGAUUUCAUAUUUAAAAUCUGAUUGUGAGUGUCAACGAAAUAUUCAGGCAAGUGCAAAUACGACAAUCGUAGAAAAUCCACUUUUUGAAAACCUGAUCCUGAAAGCGGAAGAUGCUGAUUCAAGACAGACAGAGACGGUUUAGCUUGUGAAGAAAAGUCAGAGUCCGUUUCAAUCCACAGUAAACAACUCUCUUGGUCUGAGGAGGAGAAGGACCGACUCAAUGACAUGAGCUCUUUAGUGUUUGCUGAAAAGUACAUUGUGGUUCCGGAAAGUUCUCAGUUUGAGCUUAAUUUCAACAAUAAAGAUGGUGAAGGGCGAACGACUGCAGAGCCUUUUCUCUCAGAGAUUCUCUCGCCUGUAGAUGAAGUUUUGUCGUACGGAAGUGCAGAACUUCCUCCCUCCGUCAGAGGACUUGACAGCUACAGUUGUCCUCCUCAUCCUGCCUUUGAGAUCAUCACAUGGACCAGUGAGGAGGAACUUCAAGUUCCAGCUGAUGUUCUAGAAGAUCUCUCUAUUAACAGCGAGAACGUCCCUCCUCUCCCUGCGGAUGUAACUUUGAGAAGAAGAGAGUCUCAAAGUCUUUGCGACGAUGGAGAUCUCUGUAAAACCUUCACCUCGAGCACGUGCGAGGACGAUGAGAACGAUUGCUCUGAAUACACAAGUUCGCUUCUUGAUGAUGUGAAAAAUGCAGAUCCUUUGUCCUCCUUUCAGAUUGGAGACAGAGUUGUCUUGUGUAACUCCAGAGCUGGUGUGCUGAAGUACAAAGGACUCGCCGCGUUCGCAGAUGGAUUUUGGGCGGGUGUGGCGUUGGACACCCCUAUUGGAAACCAUAAUGGAACAUUCAGAGGUGUGAAAUAUUUCGGCUGUGAUGAAAGUCACGGCGUCCUGGUCAGAGCGGAGGACAUCUCUCACAUACACACAGAACAUGGUAGUGAUGUAGAGACGGGGGUGGAUGAAGAUCCGUUCUCAGAUGAAGAGCAGCAUAGCGCGCAAAGAAAAAAGGAGAAGGACACGUCAUCAUCAGGAGGUGGAAACAAACAACAUCAAGGUAGACGGUGUCCUCUUGGAGAUGAUUCCAUACCACCAAAACAUCAAAACCAACCUCAGGAAGAUAUCACAGAUGAUGCAAAAGAUCUUUCGAGCUCCUCAGAAAUGUCUUCAUCAAGAAUUGUCUAUGAUCUCAUCCGUCAUAAUGGAGAAAACAGGCACCUUGUGGAUGACUCGAAUCAUCCAGUUACUGAGCUGAAACAUGAGUCAGGGGAAAAUAAAAUCCAGUGCACCCAAGAUACCAAAAAGAGACGGAGGCAAAGGAUGAAAUCACUGCAAGAUAUCAUUCCUAUAGACACGGAUGUGAGAAAAAAGGAGGAUGGUUAUUUUACACCACCUCUCUUGGAGCAGUGGCAUCAGGCUCAACCCGACAUGCCACCGAAGAUAAAGGUGCCGCCUCAUGAAGAUGCUAUCGUGUACAGAUUAGCGGAUGCUGCGGUAGAGAUUCUAUGUGGUCAAGCAAACGAUGACACUCUUGACCGUUAUGAAACACCAGACUAUCUUUUAGAUGACAAAAGUCGCAGUGCUUAUAGGCAGGUGAUCUUUCAGUUAACAUCUGAUGUACUACAUGACAUUUUGGGUGAUAUUUUAAGGACAAAACAAUCCUACCAGUAUAUAGAUAAUGAAUCUGCAGCUCUGCAAUCAAGUCACAUUUCAGUCUCGUUUCUGAAGGAAACAGUGAGAAAAGAGAUACAGAAAACACUUAACUUGGAGCGAGAUGAACAACACAUGAUCGAGAUGCUUCAAAAACUAUGCAAAUAUUGGUGUGCCAAGAGAGACAGAGUGGACUAUAUACUGAUUCAGGAACUACAUCAUGAAGAGAGAACUUGGCUGGACUACACAGCUGACCAAUAUACUGUGAAAACACGUCUGACUGAAGAAAUUUUCAGCCUUCUUUUGGAUGACACAAUAUUAACUUUAAAUCAUUUGCAUUUUUCAACCUAAAAGAUGAAAUCAGACAUCAAUUUUUACAUACAUUUUAAAUUGCAUUGAUUUUAUCAUCAUUUUUAACAAAUAGGUUAUGUACUUUACAGUGUUUAUAAAUGCAUAAGAAUGGGACAUGUUUAAUAAACUAUGAUUUAUCAUAAAAUAAGACUACAGCAAAAAUACAGAAACCUGAUUUUAAAUACAUCCAGAAACGUUUUUACUGAACUUUCUCUACUUUUAACUUACUUUUUUUAUUUAUUUAUUUUACUACUUUUAAUUUGUUUACAUUGUUUAUAAAUGUUAGAGUACUUUGCCUGCUAAGCCAUUCAAGCAUACUCACACAUAAAAAUGUUAACAAAAUCUGUUCAUGCAAACCAGUGUUUAAACUUCGUAAUUUAGAUGUACCGAACUGAUAACCAAUUCUAAAAACCACUGUCACAUGCAUUAAAAUAACAUAAAAUAAACAACGUUUUUGUUGAAACACAUUUUCGAG